AAUCAACCCCUGUAGGGGACCGUUAGAAGUGUCAUUUCUAUCCGUCACAAAUCGCUCAGUGAAAGAGUGUCAUGUACCGCGUUUGUUCUCUGGUGCUGCUGCUCGGAGCUGCGGCUUCGACCGCGGCUCCCGAGUGUGCGAGAACUGAUUCCGUCCUGGAAGCCCGAGACGAGAUCAUCGAAGUCGUUCAAUCUACUGCUCAGAGUAUGGUUCAGAUGAUGAUUGUGAUGGAGAGAAUUGAGGAGAAAGUAGAGAAGCUCUCCAACGACCUCAAGGCGCACGCACCUCCGUCUCAUCAGACCCACGUCGCACCGAAAAAUGAUGUCAUGGAUAAUCGCCUCCGGAGCCUCGAGAGCUCCGUAUCGUCGCUGCAUCGCCGACUCGACGAAAAGCUCGACGUUGUCGUCUCAGUGGAAAACAAACGCGAAGAGCAGGAGAAGAUUUUCACUGAUAUCCUCAAAAAGAUUCUAAACACCGUGAACACCGUCUAUGAGCGAAUUCACUCUGAUGCUAAAGGCAAGAGCUCGUCUGGUCCUGCUCCCGGAGUUCACCGACCUGCCUCCGACCAGCAGCAGACACUGCUGAUUCAGGACUCGCUAGAUUCGCUCAGCCGAGAAUUCAGAGAAAAGCUCGAUGUUCUACAGAGUAAACUCGUCAACUCAAUCGAGGAAGUCAACCUGUACACGCGGAUGGGACACGAAAAGGUCAACUAUAUUUCCGAGAACAUGGUCCACAAUGAAGACGUCCAACGUAUCGGAGAAAAUAAUCCCAAGAUCGUCGACACCGACAAGGUAUUGGAGGUUGUUAAAGAAGAGAUCAACCGGUGCACGAGGGCGAUCGUGAAUGCUCCCGUCCUGACCAAGGCUGCACCAAACCCUGCAGACAACUCGAGAAGUCUCGCCUCCCAGAAUGUCACAGCGACCGUGUCGGAACUCGCGUUCUACGUUGGGCCUAAACGAGACGAUUGUAAAAUGACCGCGGCAAUCAAAGUUCCUCAUAAUUGCGAUCAGUUGGGUCAGGCUGGAGCCAAUUGUGACGGACCGUACAUGGUAUACGAUUCCAACGGCAAGAAACCUAUGAAGGUCGUUUGCGAUAUGUCCGGAGGCGGGUGGACCCUCCUUCUGAGAAGAGGCAAGGGAAAACCGCUCUCAUUCGAUCGCACCUGGUCAUCCUACAAGCACGGAUUCGGAAAUAUCGCUGAAGAAUUCUACAUAGGGAACGAGUACAUGCAUAUCCUGACGGAGAAGCCGAAGCUGCUCAGGAUUGAGUUGGAAGCGUUCUCUGGGGAGAAACUCACGCUGGAUUACGCAAAUUUCUCCGUGGGCCCGGAGAAUGACAGCUAUCGGAUGAGAGUCGGCAACUACCUUGGAAAUAAUAUGAGAGUCGGUAACGCCUUCCGUCGACACAACGACAAACAAUUCUUGACCAAAGAUCGCGUCGUCGGUUCUCCGAACAGUCAUCAAUGCCCUCACGAUCACAAGGCAGGUCAUUGGUGGCAUUCCUGUUAUUCGGUCCUAUUGACAGGCGAAUACGCCACGCCGGAGACCGCCAACUCCAAGAAUGGCAUCAGAUGGCCCACCUGGAAAACCGAGCCUUUGAAGUCCGUGAUUCUGAAAAUCAAGGAAAUGAGUUGAGCUCCGCUGUACCGCCCGAUUCGCCAUGGGUGCUGUCACCAGGAUACAUCAUUGUCGCUGACACGACGAUUCUCUGUUCCAUACGUCGAGUAGUGAUCGCGGGAUACUAUUGCGGAAUUCCGAAGCACUCCUCACCAUUUAUAUUUUUUUAUCAUUUGCUCGGGGAAUCUCACGGUCACUUACGCCGUCUACGCAACAUUACUCGGCAUAAGAAAAAUCUCGACAACGAGGAUAGUUCUGAUGUCCUGCUAUUGUCGAUGCUCGAAACGAAGCGACAAUAAAACCAUCUCGAUGAUCUGUAUAUCAAGAAUUCAUUUCACGACCGCUCUGAAUAUGCUCAUUGGAAACAUUGUGACGACAAGCGCACUCCAGACACCUACCAUCUCUGUAUAAGUUAUUUUGGAAAUCAUUAA